CCUCCCGCCGUGGGCCCGGCCCUGACCCCCCCUCCCUCCUCCCGCGCAGGCCUGGACCACGAGCUGGCCUUCUCCAAGAUCAUCGUGGAGCUGCGCAAGAGGCACCCGGGCCACGUGCUGCCGGACGAGGACCUGCAGUGGAUCUUCGUCAACGCGGGCGGCUGGAUGGGCUCCAUGUGCCUGCUGCACGCCUCGCUCUCCGAGUACGUGCUGCUCUUCGGCACGGCCGUGGACACGGGCGGGCACUCGGGCAGGUACUGGGCUGAUAUCUAUGACACAGUCAUUUCAGGAACCUUCCGGCAGUGGAAAGAAGGCACAACCAAGAGCGAGAUCUAUUACCCAGGAGACACCAUUGUCCACCGGUCAGGAGAGGCGACCUCCGUCCAGUGGAGUGCUGGGACGUGGAUGGUGGAGUACGGCCGCGGCUUCAUCCCCUCCACCCUCGCCUUCGCCCUGGCUGACACCAUCUUCAGCACUCAGGACUUCCUCACGCUCUUCUACACCGUGCGCGUUUACGUCAAGGGGCUGCUCUUGGAGACCAACGCCUACUUCAGCGACUCAGGCCAGUGAGUGCUGCCACUCCUUGGCCGCUGCCGCACCUGCCCCCUUCUGAAGGGAGGGUGCUCCUCCCUGCAUUCCCUCCCAGGAGGGUGCCCGCCCGCCCGCCUGCCUGCCUGCCCGCCCGCCCGCCUGCCUGCCUCCCCAGCUGUGUCUUGUCCCUGAGGGCCUGGUGAAACCUUUGUGCUCGCACGGAUCUGGGAGCCUGUCUCCACAGCCAAGCAGGAAUCCAGUAGGGCGGCAUGAUGUGAUUCCAGAUCGCUGUUUCUUAAUAACGGAAUGCUUCUCUCAUGUAUCCCUGGAAAUAGAUAUCCGCUGUCUUUGCCAUGCUCUGCCGGGUGAUCACUGGGUGCCUCCUGGGAACAGGGAGACCAGGUGUCUUGGAGCCGUGCAUAGGGAAGAAGAGGGAACAUUCCCUGGACACGUUUACAUGCCCUGCGUGUGACGGAGCCCCCAAAACCGCCGUCCGCUGGGCUCGGUCGCUGCACAGCCCCCGGCAGCAGGCGCUCCGGGCGGGUCCGAGUGGGGGCGCUUGGCCUGCCCAGGAAGGGACGGGAGGCUGAGCAGCUUGACUGCUUGGAGGACCCGCCCUUAAAGGGAGAGACGUGCGCUACUGUGGGGUGCAGACAAGCGCCACUUGCUAAAUUCACAUUCUGCCCCACCCUGUUUGAACCCAGCUGAAUGUCUGGGGUCGGGCAGGGGUUGGCGGCUGUCUCCCUUCACUGAGCAAUACCCGUGUCCGUGGGCCCAGCGAUCAGCUUCUCCCGCACCCUUGGGUUUGACCCUCUUGGCGCACUCUGUGUGCCGGGCUCCCUCGGCGGUCCCUUCUUUUGGAGUGGCGCGCAUCGCAUUUCGCUCCCAGGAAGGAGCGUAGCCUUCUGCGCGCGAGCGAUCCGCAGACCUGCCCUGUUGCCUCUGGAAAGCAGGUUUGCCUCCCGAGCUGUGCGCCUCCUGAGCCGCUCUGCGCAGGGGCAGCCCGGCUGCGAGGAUCGCUGCCUGCCACGUGUGGGGGUCGCUCCCGGCCCGCGUUUGCCACACAAUUUCCCACGUCUGUCUUAAUGCCCUGGGAGGAGGCGACGCUGCCUUCCGCCCCUUGUUCCCCAGAAGGGGGUUGCGCCUUCUCCGAGGAGCCCGUCCCGUUUGAUCGGAGAACAGUGGGGCCACCAUCCCACGCCUUAACUUGGAGCCCCACGCGAGGGGCCUCCGCAGCUAUGCACGUGUUCGUACCUAGAGAUAUACCUCCUCGUGUUGAUGCUUCUGGCAGGAUGCCAGCUGGGCACUGUUCCAGGGAUGCUUUCCGAUGGCGGCCUUUGCCUGGCGCAGCAGCGGCCCGGUUGGCUCGGCCCAGAAGCCAUCCUUCCUCCUCCUCACAGGGCUGAGCCCAAGCGAUGCCAUUUCAAACUUGCCUCGAAAUGCAGUGGGCAGGGCCCAAGCUCAUGAAUUAUUCUGACCGGCAGGACUGGACUUCAGGGGGAGCAAUUGCUGGCAGGGGCAGCGUCUUCUCCCCGCGGGGUUUUCCUUUGCUGCUGUUGCUUCUCUAGCAAGCGCAGCUUCCCCCACACUGCCAACUGGCGGCCUCCAUUUUUCCCUCCAAAUUCCCUGAGCGGAGCUGAGGGAAAUGCCCGGGAAGAGCGGUGCGGGGCACCAGGCUGCCCCACGCUGCUUGUGCAGUGUUACUGUUCUUGACCAGUCGGUCUCCCUCUCCCCGCAUGACCUCCAAAUGGGGCCACGAUCCAGGUCAGUUUUAGCCCAGCUCUGGUUCCUAAGGCUCCGAGUGAUCUUGUCGCUCUGCCCUGGUUACUUUCUGUGGAGACCUAAUAGCCAAAUUCAGUCCUAGGGAACUGGUUCUGCUGCAGAACCCCUCAUUCGCCCCAAACUAAUCUUACCUGUUCCGUCUUCUCCCGCCCGCCCCCCAAUACAAUGCCCUGCGUAGCUCAGACGGCACUGCUGCCCCUUUCCACCCUUCCCCUCCCUAAACGCCUUUGAAACCAGGCCGGUCGCUUUUACGUCUCCCCGCUGGCACCUCCUCCAAGGACGGAGCCGUCCCGCGCGGCGCUUUGGAGGGCCGCAUGCAGGGCCCCGCGUGCAGGUAGAAGCCGCCUCGUGUCUGGCAGGGAGCGACGAUCGACUCGGCCUAGCAAUACAAUUCCUGUUCAGCCCGGAAGCGGAAGGGCGUGCUGCUGGAGUGGGAUUAUGCCAGGCAGCUGCGUACGAAGUGUCCCCUCACCUGAGCAGACCGCGUGGCCCUCACGGCCUGCACAUCAGCAGGCCUCGGAGCCGGGAGGGGUGCCUCGCCGUCUCUCGCCUUGCUCUGGGCCUGAGCAGUCCUCUGGGCCAGAACGCGACGCCAGGCUGCAGAGGGGCGCCCCGUUCCCAUCGCCGGACCUCCCAGCGUCCGCUAGCCCCUCGUCAGAGCAUCCCCGUGGGCUGGCGUUUGCUCUUUGCUGUGGGCGGCCAGGAAUCGCAAGUUCUUCACUGCAGUAGCCUUGUGAGUAACCAUGAGCCAGGCCUGUAGCAAGUGCCUGGUUUUCGCCUCCCGUUGCUGCAAAUGUGUCUCGUUGCACGUCGGAGCUUGGUCUUUUGUUUGCCAACCAGAGUUUGAGAAUAAAUCUGUGUGUGAUUCUUCUGCGUGGGCAAAAGGAGAAUACAGUGGACCAUGGCUGGCCUUGG